AUGGUAUACAGGACCAACAUGCAUUUAGGCGUCGUCAUCUUAGCACUCAUUGCUCAUGUGUCUGGUCAAUCCCUCAUUUUUGAUUUCUCUCAACCAGCCACAAGUAGUCAACUUAAGUCUAUAGCUUCAGCAGGGUUCGCAAGUGUUUCUUUGAGAGCUCUCUCGACAACCGGCUUCGAUAUGAACUUUUGCAACAAUGCCAAGCUAGCCGCAGACGCUCAAAUUCCUUACUCAAUCUACAUAACACCACAAACAUCCGAUGAUGGUAAAGCACAAGCGAGGAAAUUGAAUGAAGGGUUGUUCAAAUGUGAACUCUACACACCUAUGUUCUGGGUUCAGAUUGUCAAACCAAACACAUGGAAAGACUCCCAAAGUAAUGUGAAAUUCUUAACUGAUCUCAUCGAUGAGGCGCACAGUAUUUAUCAUCAAAACGUAGGAAUCUUUACUACAGCUGAUGAAUGGAAUACAAUCAUGGGCGGAACAAACAUAACAAACAUCUCAGGACUGUACCAUCCUCUGUGGUAUCGCGGAACUACCGCACAUAUCGACUUCAAUGAUUUCAAGAGUUUCGGAGGUUGGAUCUCACCACUUAUAAAACAAUGUUCGCAGAACGUUAAAGUCGGAGGGGUCACAGGCAACUCGAACCUCUACUUCAGCAACAAUUGA